CCGGUAAACGCCCAGCUGCGGCAGCCAAUGAUGGUGGAUGGAACAUUCGUCUGUCUGCCUUACGCAUAUGCGACCUGCGGUCAAAACCCAAAUCCCGAUGUUCCGCAAGCAGCACUAAGAGUCACAAUGGCCCAAGAGAGCUCCAGCUGAUGGUUCUGCGUUAGAGCGGGGCUACACGUUGUCGUGCAGGUAACUACUAUGGGGGUCAAAUACGGUAGAUUAUUCGAUUGAACCGACUGCCCCGCUUUUGUCGUGGUAACUUCCCCCGCCUUUCGGGUAUGUUGAUCAUAAGGGCCGUGGGGAGCUGUAUGGAGAGGGGGUAUAAAAACCGCCCGAACCCCCCGCUUGUAUGAAACCUCAAGCCAUUGUUCAGCCGUAUAUCGCCAUUCCUAUCAUCCAACCUCCCUCAACCAUCGAAAUCAAUCGCCACAAUGACCAACAUCUUCGCCGAAACCUUCAAGCUAGACACCAACAAGCCGCAGACCCUCUCGGGCCGUGUCGCCAUAGUCACCGGCGCCACCCGCGGCAUCGGGCUCGAAAUAGCGCUUGCCCUCUCCUCCCUGGGUUGUUCGGUGAUCGGCACAUACAACACCUCCACCGCGGCAGCCGAGCGUCUCACGCAGGUUCUCCCGUCGUUCACCGGCGUAUCAGCAAACAUCCUCACGCCGGAGCCCUCCAUCGCGCAGAUCCUCGCCGCGCUGGGCGGGCGGAAGGUCGACAUCCUCGUCAACAACGCGGGGCUAUCCACCCUCUCCUCGCUGUCGGCCGCGAAUUUCGCCGAGACCCUCAUGCCGACGUUAACGGCGAACACACUGUUCCCCGCGCUGCUGGUCUCUGCGCUGCUGCCGCAUUUCUCAACGUCGGGAACGGGCAGGAUCAUCAACAUCAGCAGCGAGGGCUCGCAUCUCGGCCGGCCGAACACCACCGCGUAUAGUGCGUCCAAGGCGGCGCUCGAGAGUAUGACGAGAACGUGGGCGGUGGAGUUGGGGCAGAAGUACGGCGGGAUGACGGUCAAUGCCCUGGCAUUGGGCAUGAUGCGCACGGAUUUGUACGAGCAGCUGCCAAAGGACCGCCAGGAGUUCUGGGAGGCGAAGGCAAAGCAGAAUCCUGCGGCGCCGAGGUUGGGGGUUCCUAAUGAUGUGGCGGGAGUGAUCGAGUUUUUAGUCAGUCCGGGGGCCGCCUGGGUGACGGGACAGGUGCUGGCGGUGGGGGGUGGAAACUUGAUGAUGGUCUAGGACUAGUUUGUGAGUGGUAUGUAGUGAAAAGAAGCAAAACGCAAUCAUUUGGAUAUCUGGAAGAGACGUGUU